AUGAAUUUUUCGACGAUCAAGAAAUUCUUUAUCAACAGAAAAAAGAAAACCGUCAACAUUGGAGACGAACUCAAACGUUCUCUGAUAAAAAACUUGGAAAUCUUUAGGCAUGUGCCAAAUGAGACUGUCAGUCGUAUCGACGACGUCAAGUCGACCCUCACCGCGAUUCUGUUGUUAUCUGUGCACGACCGGAGUUCUCUGGACUAUCAGUUAUUCGACCAAAAAUUGAAGUCUCUCGUGGAAUACUUUGAGCAAGACGUGCUCGUACGAGAAUACGUUAAUCGGGUUUUUUCCAAGAAAGUAUCAUAG